AACGCAAGUCGUGGAGGUAUCGGCAUCAAUACAUAAACACGAAAACGCCCCCGCUCUUGGCUUGCAGCCCAUAGUUCACGCACUUAUUCUGUCAUAUUUAUUGGCAUUAUAGAAGUAUAGCCUUGCUUUCAACGUCGUAUCAUGUCCGACGAAAAGGCGCCUGAUGAAGCUGCUUCCGAGCAGCCAUCGCCAUAUAAAAUAGAAGAAAUCAACCUCACGGAAACCGAACGGCGUUGCUCUGGAAGUGCGGUACCUCUCCAGGACAUCUACGUCGCCUACCAAGUGGAAACAGUUAUCAGGGAGCCUAAACAGACACUUUACGUCGUCUGGAGACGAUACAGCGACUUCGAAUGUCUACGACUUCACCUCCAGGAGGGCUACCCGUACGUUGUGAUUCCACCAUUGCCAGAGAAAAAGGUCAUGUACCGCUGGCAACGGCUUCCUGCGGACAGGCUGGACCCAGACUUUGUUGAGCGGAGGAGAGUGGGUCUCGAGAACUUCCUGCGACGGCUCAGCAACCACAACGGUUUGUGCGCAGCCCAAGCCUUCCUCUUAUUCUUGAUGAAAGAUGCCAGCUGGCGCGAUAGCCUAGUCACUGCGGGCCUUCUGCAGAGGGCUGACAAUGCUCUACGUUCGUUCAGCGCUUAUAUGCGUCUCAAAAGCCCUAACACAGAAUUUGAAGAAAUGAAAAGCUACAGCAGUGAGCUCCAGUCCAGCAUAUCCAACGUGCUCAGAAUACGUGCCAAAUUGUCCGACCGAACGUAUGGGCUGCACCAGCUGCACCAAAAUUAUGGCCGAGUGCUGAGUGAAUGGAGUCGGCUGGAGCGAGGAGCCUGCGGAGAUUCCUUCCAGCGCGCUGGGCAGUUCAUGGACAAACUGGCUCAGUGCGCUCUGCCGUGGCUGGAGGAACAAGAACCAGUGGCCGAUCGCCUCAAGGAGUACCUCUUCUACACAGAGUCCCUCAAUGCAGUGUGUAAACAUCACGACGUGCUGCAGUACGAGCUGGAGAAGAAAGAGGCCCUGUCCACAGCUAGGGAGACGCAAAAGAGCCAAACAUCUUUCGAGGAAGUUGGUGAACAGGUAGCAGAAGGUUGUCUGUUCCAGGGAAGCAGUGGCCUGGUGUCCCGCCUGCUGAGUCCCACUAGUACGUCUGCUAGUCCAGAUCAGCAGGUGCAAAGUCUUCACGGGCAGAUUCACCUGCUUUCGCAAGAGAAACAGGAAUUCUGCGAAAAGGCCCGCGCCGAAAUGAAACAGUUUCAGGAGCAGAAGGAUGCGGACGUUAGGGAAGCCCUGAUCUUGUACGUCAUCACACAGAUGAAGCUUUGUAAUGAUGCACUGUCAGUGUGGAGAAGCCUACACGAGUGUUUUGAGAAGAUGUAAGGAUCGUUGCUGAAUCUCACCACGUGCACAUUCCUUUGUCUUCCAUUAAACAUUGUUUAUUGAUGUACACACAA